CCAGCCUCUUCAACCCCUUCGCUUCCUCCAGAAGGGCAGAGCGGAAGUUGCCUGUGCCGUGUACGUCGCUGAUUUUCUUCCGCCUGGUGCAGGGGGGCAAGAUUUCCUGGGACGCUUUCACCUUGCAGGGAGAAGCGCAAGUACAUGCUGUGCGUUUUCCUUCCUCCCCUUCCCUUGUCUGCAGAGAAAUGGCUGGGCUGAUCAACUUCGAGGAUGAAGAGGAGGUGAAGGAGUACUUAGACAAUCUGGGUGUGGAGUUCAGCUUCCAGUGCUAUAAGGAGAAAGAUCCUGACGGUUGUCACCGUCUUGCUGAGUACCUAGAGGGAGUAAAGAAAAACUUUGAGGGAGCUGCUAAAGUACUAAAGGAGAAUUGUGAAAAAAACCUGCACAGUGAGAGCUGCUACAAACUUGGAGCCUACUAUGUUACUGGAAAAGGUGGGCUCCCUGCAGAUUUGAAAACUGCCUACAACUGUUUUUUGAAGUCUUGUGAGAAAGGUGGGAAGAAAUCCAUAGAUGCUUGUCACAAUACUGGACUGCUGGCACAUGAUGGACGGGGCAAUGAUGAUGAGAAGCCCAACGCACUCCUAGCCAGGGAUUAUUACAGUAAAGCUUGUGAUGGCGGUUUUGCCCCCAGCUGUUUCAAUCUUAGUGCAAUAUAUCUCCAAGGAGCCCCUGGGAUACCAAAGGAUAUGAACCAGGCUUUGGAAUACUCUCUGAAAGCGUGCGACUUGGGACACAUAUGGGCAUGUGCCAACGCUAGCCGAAUGUACAAGCUAGGGGACGGAGUUGAGAAGGAUGAUGCCAAGGCAGAAACCCUAAAGAAUAGAGCAAAAGACCUGCACAAAGAACAGCAGGCAGCUACAAGAUCCUUAACAUUUGGAGAGUAAGCCCAGUUAAGUGAAUUCUAGUUUUCUCAAGAAACAUACUUUGUACAAUAGUGCACAGACAUUGGGUGGAAUUGAGCAUGGCAGUAUUGCAACAUUGCUGCUUGCCCGACAGAAUGAUUCCCCCUCUCCUCCCCCUGCCUGCUGUUCAGGGGGUUCUCCAAACACCUGCCGUGAGCCAAUUUCGGGAGGCACUCAGCAGGAGGAAAUGUAUAAAAUUUGAUUCAAAAAACUUAUUUGUGUGAAUGGGUGUCUCUCUUUGCCUGUACAAAUUAUUGUUUUGUAAACACAAUAAAAAACAAUAUUUUUAGGACAUGGGUGAUUUUUUGGGUAGCUCAGUUUUUAUAGGAGAAAAUGUAUUUAAAACUAUAACGUGAAAACUGCUGUAAACUAAACCAUUGUUUCUAGAAUGUAAUUCUCAAAUACAUCAGGAUUACAUACACUGAGUUAACAGUCCAAUGGGCUCUGUUGUUUCUAAAUAAACUCUUUUCUUCAGCAAACCCCUUUAUUUGUUUUCAGAAAGCAGAAAUUGUAUCUUUAGAAAAAGAAGAAACUGGCCAACUCCACUCAUGUAAUACUUUGCAGAUGGGUAAAGGGGUGUGCUAAUAUGCUAUUAAAGCCAUCAAUACCAAAUGCAUUAAUUAGGAAGCACAUUCCAUUAAUUUCAGUGGCACAACCUUUGAGGGGAAUAUGGUUUGAAUAACUGUAUUGAGUGAUAAUAUAAUUGAAUAUCUUAUUUCUUGCUUACAUGGGGAUAAGUAUGUGAAAGUUUAUUUUUUUAACCAUGCUGUUUCUAGGCAACUCCUAUACUUACCAUGCACUAAUCUUUAUUUUGUGAUCUAAGUGUAGCAGAUUAAAUUACGGUAUAUUCAGCUGGGUUGUUGUUUUUUGCAAGUUAUUUUAUAUAAGCAGUCUCCCAUUUACUAUUGCAAAUGGGUGACUACUUAUAUAAAUUAUCGGGGGGGGGGACUUAUAGAAGUUGCCAAAAGAAGGGACACUUAUGAUCAUAAUUCAUUUUAAAUUCAGGCCCAGUUCACAUAAUAUUGAGCAACACACAAGCAUGCAGUUCCAGGAAUAAGCUUGUGAUUUGUGUGCUCACAAAUGCAUCUGACACCUUGCCUACGUGAGGUCAUGAGAAUUACUACCAGCCCUAAUGGUGAUGGCGUGAGGAAUAUUCAUGAAGACAAAACUGUUCACUAGUCCUCAAACUUCUACACAUCACUUCAGAAAACAUGAGAAUCAAAAUUGUUUCUGAAUGCCAUUCAGCUCUCUUGGCUUGUAAACUGUUUUCUAUGGAGUUUGAGCGGUUAAUCUGUAUUCUUUCCUAUUUCUGAAGGGUUCUUUAAUAGCUGAAUCCAUGACUGAUUGUGUAGGAUCAGUUUGUGACAUCAAUCAGUGCACGGUUUAUUACGUUAAUUAACUUCUUCAGAAUAAUCUGCUACCUUUUUCUGUCACUAGGAGGCACUCUAGUUUUAAAAUUCACAUUACAUUAACCUCUUGAGUCUCAUAUGUUUGUGUAUAGGAAACACAUUUUUAUUUCCCUUCAGGGUGGUGAUUUGAAUUCUGAAAUAACUGUGAGUGUAAUUUGUAGGUUUGGGUCCAAAUAACAGUUGUAACUGAUAAAAGCAAAAAAUAAAACAUCUCCCAGGUU